CAUAGAAUUAAAAAGUUGGGCCAGCAUGACUCCAAGCAAAGUUGAGGCCCAUACAGACGGUGGUUGGUGUGAGUUUGCGUGAAUCUUCGUCCUCAUGUUCCGCUCUAUCUGCUUAACGCGAUCUGUGAUUGUCCCGACAGAGAGAGAUGACGAUGCAUUCACGGAUUAGAAGUGUUGCCGGAAACAUCAAAUGCGCCGCGAGACUCUUCAGUUCAUCAUCUGCAACCUCUCCGGCGGCGCCGUCGCAAUUCUCGAAUACUCUGGCAGGGCUCCGGGAUCGGCUGGCGGAGGAGUCGCCGUCUCUCUCGGACUUCAUUGCGCUGAAAUCGGAGAGCGCGUACUCUGUAGAGGUUGGGACGAAGAAGAAGCCGCUUCCGAAGCCGAAGUGGAUGAAGGAGGUUGUUCCUGACGGCGAGAAGUACGUGCAGAUUAAGAAGAAGCUCCGCGAAUUGAAGCUUCACACUGUUUGCGAGGAGGCUCGCUGCCCUAAUUUGGGCGAGUGCUGGUCCGGCGGCGAGACAGGCACUGCUACCGCGACUAUCAUGAUUCUCGGUGACACUUGUACUCGAGGUUGUAGAUUUUGCAAUGUUAAGACAUCGAGGACUCCUCCACCACCUGACCCUGAUGAGCCCACCAAUGUGGCUGAAGCAAUUGCAUCAUGGGGUCUGGAUUAUGUGGUUAUAACUAGUGUUGACCGUGAUGAUUUACCUGAUCAAGGGAGUGGUCAUUUUACUGAAACAGUGCAGAAGCUGAAGGUACUGAAGCCUAAUAUCCUGAUAGAAGCCCUAGUUCCGGACUUCCGAGGAGAUGAUGACUGUGUAGAGAAGGUUGCCAAAUCAGGAUUGGAUGUCUUUGCACAUAACAUCGAGACAGUUGAAGAGCUACAGAAUGUUGUACGGGAUCAUCGUGCUAGUUUUAAGCAGUCAUUAAAAGUUCUAAUGAUGGCCAAGGAAUAUGCUCCUGCUGGAACACUCACUAAGACUUCAAUAAUGUUAGGUUGUGGGGAAACACCUGACCAGGUCGUGAAGACCAUGGAAAAGGUUCGAGCGGCUGGUGUUGACGUGAUGACAUUUGGGCAGUACAUGAGACCUUCAAAGCGCCACAUGCCAGUAUCUGAAUAUAUUACACCGGAGGCCUUUGAUAAGUAUCAGACUCUUGGCAUGGAAAUGGUGAGUCUUUUUGUUCACGUGUUUGUAUUUAACUUAUUUUUGUUUGGAGAAAUACUCAUUUUUUUGGGAANCGAGAUGUCAGGCGACAACCCCAACACCAUCCAAAUUGUCGCCAUUGGAGUCCAUACACGCUCCCACGUGCCAAUCAAAGUUUGCAAAUGCUGUCUUUUCCAGUUGCUCGUGGCGGGGUGUGCGUCGUCUUUGGCGCCGAUCAUUUUUAUUUCUUCUGUGUCUAUUCCUAAAUAUGCCAGUGAUGCCUUAGCCCAUCUUGGUUGGUGUCAAGCUAUGCUAGAUGAACUAAUUGCUCUUCAAAAUAGUGGAACUUGGGAGCUUGCUCCAUUAUUGUCUGAGAAAUCCGUUGUUGGUUGCAGGUGGGUUUUUGCUAUCAAAGUUGGUUCUGAUGGUACUAUUGGUCGCCUCAAAGCUCGACUUGUGGCCAAAGAUUACACACAAAUUUUGGAUUGGAUUAUGGUGAUAUUUUUCUCCAGUGCCAAAGAUGACUUCUGUUCGUUUAUUUAUAGCUAUGACUGCUCUUCACCAAUGACCUCUUUAUAA